AUUGAGCUUCUCAGAGUCACUGUCUCUGAAAUCAAGCUCUCCUCAGGUUCCUCUCUGAAUGACCACACAGGGUCAUACACCACUGUAUUGGCUGAGGGGGGGGGCGGCGUUGCAACAGCGGUGAGAGGGGCAGGGGACAGACCGGAUGCAGACUCACCGGCCGGCAGAAGGGACAACACCCCACUGCAAGGCACGGCAACUACCGCCGCGGCUGCGAGAGAAGCAGGAGGAGAUGUGGCAAUGGGAGUGGUGCUCCCGCAGCUCAUUGAUGCCACUGUCUCCAACCUGGCUUUCUUGACAGUCACAGAGGCCGCUGCUGCAUCAUAA